UUACUGCUCAUGGAGGGUGAUCCGCGUUCCACGGUUAGAUGAGAUGAAGCCACGCAGAUGCCGCCUGCACGCGCUGCAACUCGCGUGAACACGGCGAACUGCGCUGCGGAACACAGACGUCUGGCAUCGACGUAGCGGGUCGGCUUUUUUCGGGAACUUACCUGCUGCUGCGUGGGGGAGAGGGUCGCCUUUUCGCGUUUCCAUCGAGAAGUUCGCACAUGACAUACCUGCUGCUCGUCAUUGUGGUUUCUCUUUUUCUACGUCCAAGUAGUUUAUGGCAGUGCGUGGAUAUUUACUCGGUGUAUCAGGUCAUGUGCUUUUCUCUGGUUUCACGCGCGAAAUUUCCUCAGGUUAAUAGUUAUACCGGCGGAAGACAGUUUAAUUAAUGGUUGAAAAUUUGCGCAAAUGAACGCAAACAUUUUCGUGGCCUUCGUCUGGGAUUGUCAUUUAUGAAUAUUGUUACUUUUAAAGAGUUAUAAUAAGGUCGAAGUGCAGGGGAGUGCCGGCGGGACGGAGAAAUCAUCAUCAUCAUCAUGGACACGCGCAUAGAGCACACCGGGAUUGAAGAUGCAAGUGAGACUCAUCCACAGCACGAGCCCAUCAGCUUCGGAAUCGAUCAGAUUCUGAACAGCACUGAUCAAGCGGGCGGCUGCAUGCUGCCGAACCGAACCGGGGAGCAGCAGGACUGCCAGCUGCCCUCCGCUAUGUACGGCGGCGGCUACGGCGGCGUGUGUAACCAAGAAUGCUCUCUGGCAGUCGGGCUUGCGGGCUCCUACAAUAUGAACAUGAAUAUGAACGUGAGCAUGAAUAUGAAUAUGAACGUGAACGUACACUCGGGCACUGCCGGAGGGGUGAUCCGGGUCCCGGCCCAUAGGCCCUUGCCGCCUGCGCCCCAUCCUGCGGCGGCUGCUCAUCACGCGGGCAUCGCCACCGGCAUGUCCACGGUCCCAGCCAUGUCCGCUCUCGGACACGUGGGCAACUUCACGUUCCCCUGGAUGGAGAACAGCAGGAGGUUGGCCAAAGACAGACUAACCGCGGCCCUGUCACCAUUCUCAGUGACCCGGCGUAUUGGCCAUCCAUACCAGAACCGAACGCCACCAAAACGGAAAAAACCUCGCACCUCCUUCAGCCGUGUGCAGAUCUGCGAGUUGGAAAAACGCUUCCACCGGCAGAAGUACCUGGCAUCGGCUGAGCGUGCCACCCUGGCCAAAGCCCUGAAGAUGACUGAUGCCCAGGUGAAGACCUGGUUCCAGAACCGGAGGACAAAGUGGCGGAGGCAGACUGCAGAGGAGCGUGAGUCAGAGAGGCAGCAGGCCAAUCGACUGAUGCUGCAGCUCCAACAGGAAGCCUUCCAGAAGACCCUGGCACAGCCCCUACAGUCAGAUCCACUCUGCCUGCACAACUCCUCCCUGUAUGCCCUGCAGAACCUGCAGCCCUGGGCAGAGGACAACAAGGUGACAUCUGUCACCUCUGUAGCAUCUGUUGUCUGACACCAUCUGUCCCUGCUGGUCCGGUAUCAGCUGGCCAGGCUCUAACCCCCCAGUCGCAAAUGUCUCUGCAAGACA